AUGGUUGAGAGUGUGGUGAACAUUGCAAUGGAAAAGCUAUCAACAUUCUUAAGUGUAGAGGCAGAGUUGCUAGGUAGUCUUUCAAAAGAUGUUAGAGACUUGCAAAUGGAACUAGGAAGCAUCAAAGCAGUCCUGAACAAUGCUGAGAGGAAAUCUGAAGAAGACGAUACCAUCAACGAGUGGCUGAUGCAAGUAAGAGAGGUUGCUUACAAUAUCGAGGAUGUGAUUGAUGAAUACCUCCUACUCAAACAGCAGCAGAAACAUCAACAACAACAACAAAAACAGCAAGAAUCCUACCAGCAAAUACUGAUUCUGAAAUAUCAGUUCAUCCUGAUGACAAACAGAAUCAGGAAGUGGUUGCGUAAAGCAAUUGUUUGUGUCUCACAGCUGAGACCCAAGCAUGAGUUAGCCUCCAAAAUCAAAGACAUCAAAACAGACAUAACUGAGAUAAGCACCAGAAGGGAACGAUAUCGAUUCAGCACCACAACAGAGGAUGAGGGCUAUCAUGAUGAGGGCUAUGAAUAUCUGCAAGACCCUCGAGUUUCCUCACUCUUCAUGGACGACUCUGAGGUUGUUGGCAUCGAGGAUCGUAAGGCAGUACUGUUUCAGUUAAUGAAUUUUAAGAUGGAAGAACGAUUAAUGAUAGCAAUGGUUGGUAUGGGAGGAAUUGGGAAGACAACCCUUGCUCGAAAAGUGUACGAGCAAGUCAGGAAGGAUUUCGAUGUCUAUGCUUGGGUUACUGUCUCCCAAUCAUACAAAAGAAGGGAUCUGCAGAAGCUGUUGAAAAGCAUUUUUAAUCAAAUGCAAAGGGAGACAUCUCUUGAACCUGAUGCCUCCGAAGAAUCCAUCAUCAGUAUACUAAGGACUCACCUGCAGGACAAGAGUUACAUUAUUGUGUUUGACGAUGUUUGGGAUAUAGAGCUUUGGAGAUUGGUAAAAGCUACACUGCCUUCAAAUAAUAAGGGUAGUAGGAUACUAAUGACAACACGAGAAAACAAUAUCGCUCUAGAAUGGGAAGCAUCACUAGGGGGUCAUGUCUUUGAUCUUAAACCUUUGCCUAAAGAAGAAGCAUGGGAUCUUUUUAUUCAUAAAAUCUUUGGUAAAGGGCAGUGUCCUCAUGAUCUUGAAGAGUCGGCACGUGACAUGGUGAAGAAAUGCAAAGGGUUGCCACUAGCAAUUGUAGCAAUAGCAGGGCUUUUGUCAACUAAGAAGAAGGUUCCGUUUGAAUGGAAUAAGAUGCGAAAUAGCAUUGACUUCGAGCUUGGAAGAAACCGGCGUUUAUCAAGCACUAAAAGAAUACUACUUUUAAGCUAUUAUGAAUUGCCAUAUUAUCUUAAGCCAUGUUUUUUGUACUUUUGUAUGUUUCCUAAAGGUUUCUCCAUUAACGGAAACAAGCUAUUUCGAGUUUGGAUUGCAGAGGGUUUCAUACAAAAUCAACAAGGCAAAACACUUGAAGAUGUAGCGGAGGACUUUGUGAACGAACUUGUGAAUAGAAGUUUGGUUGAAGUUGAUAUGGUGAAUGAAAACAUACUUAAAACCAUUUCUAAAAGAAACAGAUUGUACAAGGUUCAUGAUAUUCUACGUGAGAUGAUAAUCAUUCCGAAAACAGAGAGCUUGGGUUUCUGUCUAUAUCUAGGCAAAGAAAGUGAUUUCUCCACAACAAAGCAUUUUCGGCGAUUCAGCAUUGAUCCAGAUUUUACCAGCAAGAGUGUCUUAGAGGUCCUUAAUAGCUCUAGUACUCGGUCUCUCCUUUCAGUUUCCAACUUUAAUUUAUUUUCAGAGUCUUACUUAAACUCCAUCCUAAGGGUUGCCCGACUUUUAAAAGUAUUAGACCUUGAAGAUGCUCUAAUUAACCAUUUCCCUGAAGAGUUGGGAAAUCUGCAACACUUGCGAUACUUGAGUUUGAGAAACACAGAUGUCCAAGUGCUCCCUAAGUCAAUAGGAAAUCUAAGGAACUUGCAAACUAUAGAUCUCAAACGUUCUCUACUAGUUGAGCUUCCCAAAGAAAUAGCGCACUGCCACAACUUACGCCACCUUCUUAUUGGAAAUCGAGAGAUGAAAGCUGUGAACAUACAAGAUGGGAUGUUAGAAAAUUUCAAAGAGCUACAAAAACUAGCAUGUGUAGCGGCCAAUAAGGUCAACAUACUAGAUGAAUUAUGGCAUCUGAAGUAUUUAAGGAGGCUGCAAAUCACAAAGCUCAGAAAAGAACAUGGGAUGCAACUUUGUCGCGCAAUAGAGGAAAUGAAACUUCUUCGAUCACUUAGCUUAGAAUCAAUGAGCUUUGACGAGAUACUUGAUAUACAACACAUAACAUCACCACCACUUCUACUCGAACGUCUCUACUUGGGUGGUUUAUUGGUGAAGUUACCAGGCUGGAUUGCGAAGCUUAAUAACUUGACCUCAUUGUACUUGAUUUCUUCACGACUAAAGGACGAUCCACUCACCACUCUCCAAGGGAUCCCUAAUCUGGUAGGACUAACUCUAGAUGAUGCUUAUGUUGGUGAAAAUUUAAACUUUGGGUUUACAAGCUUCUCCAAACUCGUAAAGUUGUAUCUCCUUCGACUACACAAUCUGCAAUCCGUAGCCGGAUCUCUUCCUUCCUUACAGAGUGGAGAAGUUGAUGAUUGUCCAGUUUUACAGAGUUAUUCAGAGAGUAUCAAAGAGUUGAUGAAGCUUAGUAUUAUAAGAAAGAUUCGAGCUCACGCUCAAGCAACGAGGGCUGCAUUACUAUUCAAAGAAGCGGGUGAAAAACUUGAUCAACAGUAA